GAGAUCCUGCAUCACUCCUGGAGAGGCUGAAGGACAUUGAACUCACAACAUGGAGGACCUGAAAUACCGAGGGAAGAACAGGGAAGCCAGACACACGGAUACAUGGGACCCGUUCCAGUUGAACCCCAUAGGAGCAGAGAAAGAACCGAAGAGGAUAUGUUUCCGGAUAGCCCAGUACCUGGUAGCUUUUAUAGUGGGGCUGGCUGUCCUGGCCAGCGCUAUUGUAGCUAAGGGCUCUCUGUUGGUGCUAACAACGCUUUCCAGUCCCUUUUCCAUGCGUACCCCAAAGGAAAGGCAGUUCUACAUGCUGAUGUUGGUUUUCUGCCUCGUCUUCCCGAACUUCCUGCUGUUCAUGAAGUCAUUGUGGAGAUGUGCCUUCAAGAGCUUUGUACAACCCAACUUGAGAACCAUGGGAUUAAUCUGUACCAUCGAGUGCCUGGUCUCUCUUGGUACCUCGGUCCUGGUGCUGAUCGUCAUGCCUCAAUUUGAUGUGCUGACCAACCUUUUCAUCACUGGAGGAGUCUGUAUUGUGUCGUCAGUGCUGCAGAUAGUUUACCGACUACAGAGAGACAACUGGAAAAUUUUAUUUCCAGUUUGUUCACUUCUUCUGAUCAUCACAGGUUACUGCCUGGUGGGGGCGGACUAUUAUGUCCGUGUGACAUCAUAUGUGGACAGACAGUCAUCGAACUGUUUUAUCUACAUUGGAGUCGGGAUAUUCAGCUCAAUCCUGGUCUCGUUCUGCUGGUGGGAAAACCCACUGCAAGCUACAAACCAGAUGCAGGAGAUGUUGUCAGAAUUAGACGGCUUCAGGGACUUUGUAUUUGUCAUCACCAGUAUUCUGAGGAUAAUUGUGAUAGGAACUGUGUACCUGAUCUACUAUGUCCUGAUUGAAGACUCUAUCAUCUGGUCUGACUUUCACCUGACCCUGAAUGAUGAAAUGCUGCAUAUAGGACUGAGGCUGUUGUUCAUACAGGCUUUCUGUUCAGCAGCAUGUCACUGGUUCGGUGUGGUGGCCUGCAAAAUCCACGCAGUCAGGAUGGGUUUUGCUCUGCCACUUUCUAGCACAGGACCAGCAGUGCUACUAUUGGGUCUGAUAUUGUUCAUUACGCAGGCAGAGCAACUGACUAACGGAGAGUAUAUGACCGUCAUAGGUGAUGGCAACAAUGUUAGUAAUGAUUUGUGGUUGGACAAGUUCUGUGAUGGCUUGGUCAACUUCAGAAACGACAACGGCACUUCAGUUGUCUUGUUAGAAAUCACCAAGAGUAUCUGUCGAACCUCACUGAACAGCCCUUACAGCACAUGGCCUUUUUUAAUGCUGCCACUGGAGGGAAUGUGUAUGUGGGCUGGUUUUAUGACGAGUACAUACUACGUCUGGAAGAUUAAGGUCCAGCGAAUAGAGAGAACCUCUCAGCUGUUUGUUCGUCGUCUCUAUGAGUCAGCGUUCAUUGACUUGUCCUUGCUUCUCAACACCAAGAUGAAGGUGACAAGAGCCCGAAAUCAAGAGAGCCAUGAUGACAUCGAGAACUGUGUGAUCUAUCUGUGUGCCACCAUGUGGCAUGAGACCUAUGACGAGAUGCUGAAGAUUCUCACCUCCAUGUUCAGGUUGGACCGUUAUCGAGGCGACCCCAAGGAGGAGCACCUGGACUGCUUUGACUUUGAGUGUCAUAUUUAUGUGGACGAUUCCUUUAUGACUGAUAAGGACUCUGGAAAGCGAGUGGUCAACACAUACGUUAAUGACUUAAUUCAAGUUGUCAUAGAGGUAUACAGGGUGUUUACCAAUAAAGAACCAGAUGAUGUAUCGAUCAUCGAGACUCCCUAUGGGGGCAGGCUGAUCUUCUUCAUGCCAGAAGGGAACAUGCUGUACAUCCAUCUCAAAGACAAAGCACUCAUUAGGAACAAGAAGAGAUGGUCCCAGAUCAUGUACUUGUAUUAUCUGCUGGGCUGGAAGGGUUACAUUGGGAAAACCCCUCUAAGAAUCGCACGCCAGAAUAACCCGUGCAGAGCCAGUUUGAUCUCUCAGGAUGGGGAGAGUUUCCUCUUGCGUCAGGAGGACAAUGAUGACAAGAGAAAAUACAUCUUGGAUGAAAAUGUUUACAUCAUGGCUCUGGACGGAGACACUGACUUCCAGCCUAAAGCUUUGAUUCUUCUGGUAGACAGGCUGAGGAUGUACGACAAUGUAGGAGCGGCCUGUGGUAGAAUACACCCCACCGGCAUGGGUCCAAUGGUUUGGUACCAGAAGUUUGAAUAUGCUGUUGGCCACUGGCUGCAGAAGACAGCAGAGCAUGUGUUCGGCUCUGUGCUGUGCAGCCCAGGGUGUUUUAGUUUGUUCAGAGGGUCCGCUUUAAUGGAUGAUGAUGUGAUAAAGAGAUACACAACCACUGCAACCAGGGCUUCUGAAUAUGUGCAAUAUGACCAGGGGGAAGAUCGCUGGCUAUGUACCUUGUUACUUAAGCAAGGAUGGCGCGUGGAGUACAAUGCCGCAUCAGAUGCUUACACCAACUCACCACAGGAGUUCAAGGAGUUUUAUAACCAGAGGAGACGAUGGGGACCCUCUACCCUGGCUAACACGCUGGACCUACUGCACAGUGGACCAGAUACAGUGAAGAGAAACAUCUCCAUCUCCAGACUGUAUAUCUUCUACCAGAUGUUCACGGUGGGUUCAUCCAUUCUCGGACCUGCUUCUGUGACGCUAAUGAUAGCAGGUGCUUUCCAGUUUGUCUUUAAACUCUCUGGGACACUUUCCAUCAUCAUCGCAGCCAUUCCUCCUGUGGUUUACAUGAUGAUCUGCUUUUUCUGCAAGCCCAACACCCAAAUAACCAUCGCUGCCAUUAUGAGUGUUUUUUAUGCAUUCCUCAUGACCGCAUCCUUCUUUUCUAUCAUCGGUGAUAUGGUGGUACAAGGCACCUUCAUAACACCCACUGGUCUCUUCUUGGUUUCCAUGGCAAUAAUGUAUUUUGUGACAGCAAUUCUGCACCCUGAAGAGUUUGGUUUGAUUAUAUAUGGUCUGAUGUACUUCAUCUGCAUCCCCAGUGGCUACUUGCUACUGACCAUCUAUUCACUGGUUAACAUGAACAUAGUGUCCUGGGGCACCAGGGAAUCCAACAAUGUAGAUGAAGUGAAGAAAACCAGGAAUAUUCUGUGUGAUAAAAACUGUAAAAUCUGCUGUUGGGACAUGAAGAUACAGGUGACACAGGAAACAGAGAAUCUGAUGAUUCAACAGAUCACCGCAGCAGUUGGCCAGAACUCAGUGCAGGGCCCUCCACUUCCUGUUACAAACCAGGACGUAACUCAGCCUCCAAGGGUGGAGCCUCAGUCCAUAAUGGAAACUACCGAAAAAGAGGCUGAAGAAGCGGCUAGGGAUCAGGACCAUCAACUAGACAAUCAGAGAAGAAGAAAUGAAGGAUGGAAGGAUUUGGCUUUGAGAGACAGACACAAAAGCCGUUUCCCACGUGGGAAUCUAGAUGAGGAUGAUGAUGAUGAUGAUGAUGAUGAUGAUUACAAUGACCAAUUCCUUGAUGACUCAGAGGAGAGGGAGGAGCUUCCUGCCAGUGACUGGGUGCAGCCGGUGAAAGAGGAGUUCCUGAAGAAGCUGACCUAUGCCAAUCUGAAGAAAAACCUAAAAGCACAAAUCCGAUACACGUUUCGUAAAAGAAAACAGGAUGAUGUGUGUGACGAGCUGGUCUCAAUGCUAACAGACACACUCACUGGAGAACUGAGUGGAGUGGGGCCAGAGGACAUUUUGUCAGUCACCCAACUCGAAGAACUGCAGCAAGCACUAACUGAGCAGGCCCAUCGUGUCCUGAAGACCAACCGAAUGGGGAGAUUAGAGAGGAGGGUAAAGAGAGCUAUUGAGAAAACACUCAUCGCCCCACAGGUGCAAAAACUAGAUGAGUCUGAGAAAGAUUUCUGGGUGAAAGUAAUAGAGCGCUACCUGACGCCUAUUGUUGACACCAAGGCUCACCAGGAAGAGGUCUCCAGAGAACUAAAAUCACUACGCAACAAGGCAGUCUUCCUGUAUUUCAUCAUCAAUUUGCUGUGGGUGGUAGCUACCUUUAUCCUGCAGGCUAUUGGAAAUGAGAUCAUCAGUAUCAGGAUCCCCAAAUACUUCCCAAACGGCACUUUAUCUGGAGAGGACCUCAAGGUGGAACCUCUCAGCCUGAUGUUCCUGUUAUCCUUUGCCAUUCUCCUCGUCGUCCAGUUCCUGGCAAUGUUAUAUCACAGGGUCUACACUCUUAUACACGUGGUAUCCUAUCGGAGCACAGAGAAAGACUACAAGCAGAAAGAGGACGAUGAUGAUGAUGAUGGAAUGGUUUUGGAGAACCAAAUUGCCAAUGGACUAGUUAUCACAAGUGAUGACUUGUCAAUGGCAACGAACUAUAGCCAGUCGUCUACAACAAUUAUGUAAUGAUGUUGGAGAGCAGCGCCUUCAAUCAACAGCAGCAACGCACCUCUUUGCCAAGAACAACCUCUGUUGGGUCGGGUGUAACAAACAGAAACCAAUUGCAUCAUCCUGCAGACAGUUACUAUCUGGAAUAGUGAUCAAAAUCUUUUUCCAUCUCGCCAAUUCAGAAAGCAAAUGUGAAAUUUGAGUCUAGAAACUUUUUGUAAUAGGCCAUUUCCAUUUUGGUUCCACAAAUAACAGUGGGCAACAAUUCAAUUUAUUUCAAUUAGACAAGGUAACGUGGCAUAAUGCGAUGUAAUCAUAAUCCAUCUGAUUAUUAUCAUUUAACUGCUCAAAAUUUUUAUUUUUUGUAACAUUUUUACAAGGGUAACUCUUGUAUAUUUAUAUUCUCUUGUAAGAUGAGAUCCGUAAAGUGAUCUCGUCUGAGUUGCAGUGACGGGUUGUGCUGUAGCUGUCGGCUAUUGUUACGGGAAGUAAUCGCUCUCUAACGUGGAGCUUAUUAAUGUAUUUGUUUGUGAUUUACAUGUGAGAGAUAUGAAAGACUUAAGCAUUUGUUGAGCUUAGUGUGGAUGUGAAAACAGUGUGGCGUCUCUGUUGGGACACUUGCAGUCAAAUGUGUUGCACAAACCAAUAUUCAUUCACAUAUAGUUUCUUUUUAACUGCUUUUUAAGAGAAAAAAAAGGCAAUGCAAUAAUUAUGUGCAA